GGCGCCCGCGAGCGCCCGAUCGUCGACUGUCUACCGGAAGUGGUGUCACGAGGAUUCGUGAUCUCGUUGGUUAGACCCAUCCCCACCCCCCUCCGCUACGAAUCCCAAUUUCGCUACCUUCGACACGAGGAGUGAACCGAGGAGAACCCGUGGAUACGACGGUGAUCACGUGAAACGAGCAACGGAACGUCCAUCAGGGAACAGGAAGGCCCACGUAGCCCCAUCCGUCAGAGGAGGAUGAGGUCCUCGCUGGUGCUGCCGUUGCUGGCAGCGAUCGCUUUCGCCGAGGGUCUCGAGCGCGUGAAGCGACAGGAUGACACGAACAAGAAGGAGGAGAGCUUCGAGAGCGAGAUCUGCAAAGACAAGGAUGCCGGGGAGUGGUUCAGACUGGUGGCUGGAGAGGGUGACAAUUGUCGCGACGUGAUCCAGUGCACCAGUUCCGGCCUCCAGGCCAUCAGGUGUCCCGCUGGAUUGUACUUCGACAUCGACAAACAGACGUGCGACUGGAAGGACUCCGUGAACAACUGCAAGCUGAAGAACAAGGAGAGGAAAGCCAAGCCUCUGUUGUACACCGAGGAACCGCUCUGCCAGGACGGUUUCCUCGCUUGUGGCGACGGGUCCUGUAUCGAGAGGGGACUGUUCUGCAACGGUGAAAAGGACUGUGCGGACGGAUCCGACGAGAACAUUUGCGAUAUGGACAACGAUCCUAACAGAGCGCCACCCUGCGAUCCCGUCGUCUGCGUUCUUCCCGAUUGCUUCUGUUCCGAGGACGGUACCAUGAUCCCUGGCGAUCUGCCCUCCAAAGACGUGCCGCAGAUGAUCACGAUCACCUUCGACGACGCCAUCAACAACAAUAACAUUGGCUUGUACAAAGAGAUCUUCAACGGGAAGCGCAAGAAUCCGAACGGUUGCGACAUAAAGUCCACCUUCUUCGUUUCUCACAAGUACACCAACUACUCAGCCGUCCAGGAAAUGCACAGGAAGGGUCACGAGAUCGCUGUCCACUCCAUCUCGCACAACGACGACGAACGUUUCUGGUCCGACGCCACCGUCGACGAUUGGGCCAAGGAGAUGGCUGGUAUGAGGAUCAUCGCCGAGAAGUACGCCAACCUGACCGACAACAGCGUGGUAGGCGUGAGGGCUCCGUACCUCCGUGUCGGUGGAAACAAUCAGUUCACCAUGAUGGAGGAACAAGCAUUCCUCUACGACUCCACCAUCACCGCCGCCUUGAACAAUCCACCCCUCUGGCCUUACACCAUGUACUUCAGAAUGCCACACCGUUGCCACGGAAACCUUCAACACUGCCCCACAAGGUCCCACGCUGUCUGGGAGAUGGUGAUGAACGAGCUGGACCGUCGCGAGGACCCCCAGAACGACGAGUACCUGCCCGGUUGCGCGAUGGUGGACUCGUGCAGCAACAUCCUGACCGGCGACCAGUUCUACAACUUCCUGAACCACAACUUCGACCGCCAUUACGAGCAGAACCGCGCCCCGCUGGGUCUCUACUUCCACGCCGCCUGGCUGAAGAACAACCCGGAGUUCCUCGACGCUUUCCUCUACUGGAUCGACGAGAUCCUGUCGAACCACAACGACGUCUACUUCGUGACGAUGACCCAGGUGAUCCAGUGGAUCCAGAACCCGCGCACGGUCACCGAGUCGAAGAACUUCGAGCCGUGGAGGGAGAAGUGCGUGGUGGACGGGAACCAGGCCUGUUGGGUGCCGCACACCUGCAAGUUGACAUCGAAGGAGGUGCCGGGGGAGACCAUAAACCUGCAGACCUGCGUCCGUUGCCCCAACAAUUACCCAUGGGUGAACGAUCCGACCGGCGACGGCUUCUUCUAAGCCAUCCGCCCUCGCGUUCCUCCAUCUCGUCUAAGUCAAACCCUCUGACACUUCUCUUGCCUGUCGUUUUGGGCGUUCACCUUUCAUCAUCCCCGAAUUAUUCCUCCCCCUAUUCUCUCGCCUCCCCCCUGCCAUUGGCCAAUCGCUCUUCACGAGUUUCACGGUGGACGUCGGCCAUGUUUUCGCGAUGGAUCGAGGACGACAUCGAUGGAGCAUCAUUCCAACCCCUACGAUUUGCUACCGAACGAAAACCGUCCGUCACGUCACCAACGAUCUGUGAUAAGUAUCGAACGCCCCCCGAGAUACAGCGACCAGGACGACGAACUUGACGAUGACGAGACCUCAUUUCCAGUCAGCGAUGGUCAAACAGUUUCUCCCUUUGCAACCCCCCACCCUCAACAACCCUUCAUCGAAACCCGACGGAGAGAAAUGGCGGGUCCGCGAAAACGGGUCCGCGAGGAUUGCCUCGAUUGUGUAAUAUAAACGCGUGUCCCAGUAUCCGUCCCCGAAAUAUUCCUGCUUCCUCGAAAGGACGCGACGUAUUUGGCUGGAACGCCAAGCUUGGUGUCCUGUUC